AUGUACAAGUGCUUGUACACCUUGAGAUAUGAGAAGGCAAAAGCGGACUACAAAAGCAACCUGAAGAAGCGGAGGCAAAAAAUGCAUGAACUUUUUAACAAAGAUUCAGAACUUCUUGAUCAAGUCCCUCUAAAAAUUGAAGAAGAUCGGUACCUCCGUCGCGAGCAGCUAAGGGAGGAAAUUGAAGAAUUACGAAAACUUAAGGAAAUUGAAUGUAAAACAUUAGCGAAAGCUGGAUAUAGGAAACAAACAACGAUGAAUAAAGAUAACUAUAGACCACUUCUGAAUAAGCUUUAUAUGCAGGAUCUCAAUGCACAGGUUGAAUUGAACAAGCAGAUAAAGGCCUAUGAGAAUAGGAAAGAAGAGGGCAUGGCAAAAAUGACUUGGCUACCAGUAGGCCACGAUUGUGGAAAUGGCAAUACCAGACCCAAAAGGGAUUUAAAUGAGGAAUUACGCGACGCGAUGGCAGCCAGAGAGGCAAAACUAUCAGAAAUUGCAAAACAAAAGGAGAGGGAAGCAGAAGAAAUGAGAGAGCGUGAAGAGGUUUGUUUGCGUGAGAAAGCGGAGGCUACCAAAGCAGCUUAUGAAAGAAGAGCGAUGCUGCGAGGUGCAUUUGAGCAGCAAAUUAAGGAAAGAAAUCAAGAACUUUGGACUAAGAAAGUGGAGGACGCAAGAGUUUCAGCCUGGUUGACCUCCAAUGCUAAUCAACAGGUUUUGGUAAUGAAGGAUAAAUCGCUUCAUGAUAAAGCGAUUGCCAAACAAAGAGCCCUGGAUUUCUUUGAUUAUGUGAAACAGUUGGAAGAGGAGAAACAAUUGGAAGAGAAAAGAAGGGAACGGGCUAUGGAGCGGAUAGCUAGCGAUAUGAUGGAAGCAAACGAGGCUAAGCAGCGGCAGAUUAGGGAGGCGAGCCAGGCUCUGGAAAGGGAAAUUAGGCAGGCACAACUCAAACAAAUAAAGGAAAAAGAGGGGAGGUCAAUUGUACCUACAACUGAUGGUGGUCUCAGCUUCCUAGACAAAAUGCAUGCUGACGACGGCCGGAGAGUGGAUGGAGCGAGGAUAAUCAGGCAGGAGAACAGCCGUUAUCUGCAACAGCAAAUCGCUCAAAAGCCUUCAACUGCGCUCUUUGAAGACUGGGGGAUGGAAGGCCGUGAAUUCACCCGAUCACCCCAACGCUCCCACGAGGAGGAUUUGGCCACCUAUGAGUACUUAAAUCCUUUGCGAAAACUGUCUCUAAAGGAAAUGGAAUUCUAA